AACCAUCAUUCAAUCAACCCUCAAGGCCACGGGUCAAGGUUGCGAACCUCCAACAUUAAGAAUGACUUCUCUCGAGACAUGCAAUGAAGCCAACCCUGUAGUGACAAAGGAGAUUAGAGAUGUUGCACCGGCAGAUUAUGUGCUCACGAUUAAGUCUUUCUCUUCGUUCGCAAAGAACAACAUAGAGAAGCAUGAAUCGGACGAGUUCGAAGUGGGAGGCUAUAAAUGGAAACUGAUCAUCUAUCCCCAAGGAGACAAGAGCCAAGAAGGAAAAGAUCACAUCUCUGUGUAUCUGGCGGUUUUGGGGAUGAGUCCCCCCCAACACGGUGGGCCAAUUCACGUGGCUGUCAGGUUCUCUUUGCGUGAUCAAUUCCACAAUAAAUAUUUCACUGAACAAGGAAGAGUCAUGAGGGUGCACGCAUUGAAAGCCGAAUGGGGAAUUCCGAGAUACAUGCCAUUGGAAACUUUCACCGACAAAUCCAAAGGGUACCUUGUAGACGACGCUUGUGUCUUUGGUGUGGAGGUUUUCAUUAUCAAGAAUUCGGGCGUUGCCGAAUGUCUGACGCUAAAGGAGAGCACACCGUGUACUCAUGAAUGGAGCAUAUGUAGGUUGUCAAGCUUGGGGGAUACAUGUUUAUACUCUGAUGCAUUCACUUCUGGAGACUAUAAAUGGAAGGUGUUGCUAUACCCAAGGGGUGAUUCGGCUUGCAGGGGUGAAAACCUUUCGGUGUUUCUCUCUUUAGUUGAUUCGGACAAAUUGGCUUCUGGUCAGAAAGUGAACGUGGAAUACGGCAUUCGUUUAAAACGCCAAUGCAAAGAGGUGCAGUCAAAAGAUGCUACCAGUUGGUUCAGUAGCUCCGCAAGCGAAUGGGGUUGGCCGUCUUUCAUGCCAUUGAAAACAGUCCCGAAAUGCCAAACGGAUCAUUCAUGGGUCAUUGAGACCAAAGUCAAGGUGCUCGGCACAACUAGCAAAUUGCCAUGACAGCAAUAUAUGUAACUAGAUGAGUUUAUAAACAAUAAUACAUGGAUUGGAUGUGAUCA